AGCAGACUAACUACUCUUUUAUCACAUGGUUACUGAUUGGAUACUUGUGGUGCAGAUUGUUAGCUCACAUAAGCCUAUUCACUUCAGAAAUAAUGACUUAUGUAAAGGGUUUUGAGUUAUUUGAUAAGGAAUUACAUAAGCAUUAAUAGCUAGAAUAUGUGUGACAGGAAAUAAUAAACUUAUCCAAUUUACUGGCAACCAUUACCUAAAAAUAUCAAGGCUAUAUUUCCCAGCUGUAUGUAUUUAAUGCUCAGAGUAACUGACCCUGUAAUCAUGACCUGAAGACCUGACCACUUGAAACUCAAUGAAUAAUUUCAAUCUGCCAGAUCAAAGCUAUGAAUGCCGUUAUAUAGAACCUGAUUGCCACAAUCUGAGUGUACAGCUGCUAAUGCUCAGCAAUAAUCUUGCUUGAAAAUCUCAUUAAGGGAACCCAUUUUCCUCAACAUUCCAUGUUGUUACUGAGAGAAUGGGAAUAUUAUAAAAACUUAAUUAGUGACAGUGUAAUUUCAAGUUCCGUUGUGGUUCUAGCAUUAAUAUUUCUUGGUCAUCCACAAAAGGUAGCCUAAAUUGUCAGGUUAAACAAAAGUAUUAACCAUGCACUGAAUCUCGAAGAAUGCUUGAUUUGCAUUUGUCAGUAUUUGCGCUUUUUAAAAAGUUAUCAUUUGUCAUUAGAGAUUUUUUAAAAUUAUAACUAGCACAAAGAUAUAAAUCGUGUACACUUUUGUUUCAUGAUUUCACAGAAUUGUUUUAGUGCGGAAAGAGGUCAUUCAGCCCAAUUUCACAGAAUCGUAGGAUCCCUACAGUGUGGAAGCAGGCCAUUCGCCCAUCAAGUUCACAUUGACCCUCUGAAGCGGAUCUCACCAGACCCACCCCCCAUACUGUAUUCCUCAAGCUCUGUAUUUCCAUUGACCAGUCCACAAAGCCUGCAUGUCGCUGGAUACGAUGGGCAUUUUAGCCAAUUCACCGAACCUGCAUAUCUUUGGACUGAGGAAGUAAUUUCUUCUAAGUCAUUGAAAUUUCUUAGUAGAAAUUACUUACUCAGUUCAAAGAUGUGCAGGGUAGGUGGACUGCCCAUGCUAAAUUGCCCAUUGAGUCCAGGAAUGUUCGCACUAUUACUAAGAGCCAAAUUCACUUGCAAAUAUGAUGUCUAGAGCCUCACUUUGCAACCUGAGAUUGUAAUCGACCAGAUUUAUGAUCACUAAAUGUAAAGUUUGUUGACUUUGUGUAAAAUUCAUAAUUUGGUAUGAUUUCAAUAUUCAAAAUAGCAGCCCCCUCUAUCGAGGCACACUAGAAGCCUUCUUUCACUAAGUGUGUAGUAAGGACACUGCGGCACUGAAUACAGGUUAGUUCUGUUCUCGUGUAAUCUAGCAUUAUAAGAAAGUCGUACCAAAGCCGUACCAUUUAAGCUAAUGGGGCCAGAAUCACAUUAUAGCCAACACAGAUAAGGAAAGUUUGUGCUCUACAAAUAGUGGUCUGAAUUCUUCAAUUCUGUUAAAGCCAGUUCGUGUUGAAGAAACACAUGUUAUAGCAGAACUGACUGUAUCCUGUUAAGAAAAGUGAGUCUAAUUUUUACAUGUGACAAGCACCUUUCACUUCACCCCUUAAUGCUCCAGUUGAGGUGAAUCACAAAUGCUUAUUGAUAUAAGAGGAGCUUUUUUUUUAAAUACCUCAAGCAAAACCAUAGCUUGAACAUAGAGGGAUUUAUAUACAUCUCACCGUUCAACAUUGUUCCCUACUGUCUUCAGAUUCUCAGCAGGCAUGAACCAGAGGGCAGAGUGGAGUAGUCUGGGAAUGCCCUCAGACAUGUUCAGAAUGAUUUCUGAGAAAUAUCAGACACGGCAAAGAUUUCACACAAUGAUACAGCAUCAAAGAAGGCCAUUCAGCCACUUGAGCCAGUGCUGGCACUUUGACCGAACUGUUCGAUGAAUCCAUCCCCUGGCACUUUCUUCGCAGGUCCAUAAUCUUUUAUAUUAAACUUCUUUUCGAAACAUUAUUGAAGUCAUUGUUGAUCGCCACAACUAGUGUAUUGUCUUUUCCUUGCAUCACCUCUACUUUCCGCUGUUACUUUAGAUCUGCAUUCUCUGAUUACUGAACUUCCUGCAAACAGUUUUCUAAGUUCCAUCAAAGCCCUCCAAGAACCUGAACAAAUCUUCCUUUAACCUUUGCUUAAGGAUACUAUCCCUGAACAGAUUGGGAUUAUUGAAGGGCAAAUGAAAUGAAAAUCCAGGUUCCAUUCAUGUUCCCUCCCCUCAAGAUGCUAUCUGCCCAACUUAUACUCUCCCCCAUCCCUUGAAUUUUAGGCCCAUGGCAUACAGAAGCUCCAUAACAUGAUUAUCUUAGAAACAAUCAACAUAAUACUCUUAUUCAAAAGGGGAAGGAGACAGUUAUUUUAACAUCCACUGUUGGGAAUUUAUUUAAGUCUAUAAUAGUGUAUGUAAUAGCAGAACAUUCAAAAAUACAUAAUGAAAUCAAACAGGGUCAGCAUAGCUUCAUAAAGGGAAAAUUUACCUAAAAGAUAUACAAGAAUUCUUUUGUCUAUCCUGCUUGUUAGCUUCUCAAGGGUAAGCAAUGUAUGUAAUAAUAUAUUUGGAUUUCCAGAAGGUGUUUGAUUAGUUAAGACCUUAUGGUACUUGGGGUGGUAUUUUGCAUGAAUAGAGAAUCGGCUAACUAGUAGAAAACAGAUUUGGAUAAGGAGGGGGAGGGGUUUUCAAGAUUGCACCCUAUAACUAAUGGAAAAGUUUUCCGGCCACAGUUAUUUAUGAUAUAAAUUAAAGAUUUGGAUAAGGGAAGCAAACAUACUAUCACAAAGUUUGUGGAGACACAAGAAUAGGUUGGAAGGUAAGUGGUGAAGAUGACACGGAGUUUGAGACAAGUUAAGAAAAUGGGUAAGAAAACUUGGCAGAUGGAAUAUAAUGUUGAAAAAAGUGAGGUUAUGCACUUUGGCAGAAGUAACAGGAUGAAUAUUUAAAUGGAGAAAGUCAGCAGAAGAUUUCAACUCAGAGGGAUUUGGGACCCUUGUCCAUAUAUAACAAAGAAGUUAGCAUCCAAGUUCAGCAGAUAACACAGAAGGCAAAUGGACUGUUAGCCCUUUAUUUCAAAGGGAAUGGAGUAUAAAAUAAAUCUAGGCUAAAACUGUACAGGGGAAAAGUUGGACAAACAUCUGGAAUGGUUGAAUAAUUUUAGACUCCAUUUUUCAGCAAAGAUGUACUGAUAUUGGAGGCAAACUUGAGAAGGUUCACUCAGUUCAUACUGGAUAAAGAGAGAUUUUCUUCUGAAGAAAGGUGAAAGAAAACUUGGAAAUCACCGCAGUGGAAGUUUUAGCUGGAAAACCCCGCUCAGCCUACGCCCUUAAAUAAGCAGGAGCAGGUCCUGACAACAGCAGCUUGGAUCUGUUCCUUAAAGCAGAGUCGUGUGCAGGUACGAGAGACACCAGCAACCGCCACUCCAUAAGAAUAACGCUGUGUUGAUUGUUCCAAUUCUUAUGAAGUAUUUGAAAAUGAGUAAGCAAGGCACAGGCAGUCAUUUGUCGGCUGUAUUUUAUGAUGCCGAGAAUGUCAUCGGGAAGAAUGACAUUUGUUUUGAAGGAUAUCUUACAAAAUCGCCACCGACCAAGCGGAUUGGAAUUCAGACAUCAUGGAAAAAAAGAUACUUUGUGUUGACAGCUAAGGACAAUGAGCACAUUUUGUAUUACUUCAAAAACCAAGAACAGUACAGAAAAUCACCUCCACAUGGAAAAAUACAUAUUGAAAAAAUUGUAGAGUUAUGCAAUAAUUUGGACGAUCAUCCAAAAUGGGCUAUGAUUCAAAAACUGUUUAAAUGCACCUCAGAGACUGUUGUUCUGCUGAAGACAGAAGAAAGGGAUUACUUCCUUAUUGGAGAAAAAGAUACUGCACAAUUAUUGCAAGGCAUAAUUGCAAAUCUGCUUCACAUGAAGACAAUUUCAACGGCUGAGGAACAAGCCCAGGGUAGUUCUGAAAAAUAUGCCAAAACCGAGUGGCACUCACAACGAGGAACACUUUCGCGAGGCACAUCUGAUCCAAUGUAUGACACAAUUCUAGAGAAUGACCAGGGAAAAACUAAAUGGAUUAAUCCAAACCCACAUGUUGAAUCUGCUUCAUCGGAAAUGGACAAGUCUAUUCAUGCUACUCCCAAAAUGGCAUUUAAGAGAUUUUCGCAGCCCGUCCAUUCUCCAGUUAAUAUCGAAAAGCCACGCUCCUUAUCACUGCCUUCACAAUUUGAGGAUCCUUCAAAUAUUUAUGAUACACCAAGGAAUGUUCUAGCAGUUAUGCGUCAAUGGAAAAAUGAAAGGCCAGAAUCUGGAGACUCUGGGAUCUACAUGCCCAUGGCUUCAAUUCGAAGCAGGACAAGCACCAACUCCACUUUUGACUGUUCAGAACAGAUUGACGAAGAAGAAACUAUUUCCAAUUUAACCAACAAUGUUACAGAAGAACAAAAGCUGGAGAAAUUAGAUGUUAUAGUUCACCGGAAUGAUUUCAAAAACAAUAUGUCAAUUCAUCAAGCACAUCAGAAAGUCUGUGUCAUGUCUUCAGAUAAGAAGUGUCCUCUGAAAUUGGGAGAUCAAAUCUUGGCGAUCAACAAACUCCAGAUCAAUGGUGUAGAGGAAGUCAGCAUGUUUGUCGACAAAUUGAUGGAAGACAAGAUGAUAGUUACCAUAUUGCGACUAUUUGAAGCACCACAACAUGACCGUUAUUGAAAUAUGGAAAAAUGAAGAAAACUAAUAAGUUGGUUGUAAUUUGGAUGAGGUAUAAUCAAAGUACCAAUGGUCAUGGAACUGUCAACAUUCAAUAUUGAUCAAGUCAACUCAUCCAUCAGCAAUUCAUCUGUAUUUGUUUUUAUUUUCAUUCUUCAUAACCUUAAUACUUUAAAUUACUCGUGAGUGAAGUUCAAGAGAUCUGGGAUUCUUCACGUUGUGUGGUCAAAGGAAAUAGGGACAUAGUAAAGGUUCAUCUCUUGAGCAAUCUCAAGCAUGCUGGCAUUUCCCUUUUCAUCUCCAAACAACUGCUAACAUCAAACAUAAUAUAGUCUUCAUUAACAUUUAUCAACCCUCAGUGAUUUCUACUUCUAACAGGCCCUAUUUGGCCAAGAAGGAAUCCCAGUGCAUUAUGUGAUUUUAUUAAAAGGCAGUUAACUGAUUGAAAGAUACAUUGUGAAGAUUUUGGUGAGCAUUAAGUACAUACGUACAAAUCCAUUGUUGAGUGCUAGGUGUGUAAGGUAUUGUUUUUAAAUUUUUUUGUGCUAUUUAUUUUCAAAGGACAAAAUAGAAAAUAUAUUAAUAUUAUUGCUGCUGCAAAAAUUUGUCCAUUUGAAAGGCAAUUAACGUCACUAAUGGCAUGCACUUUAUACAUAUCUCCCUGAUAUCAUUGUUGCAAAAUAAUUCAUUCUGGCCAGUUAGAUGCAAUUAAUUUUCACCACCUUACUAUUUACAUAAUGUUAGUUGAUAUGUGUAACUACUUUGGUUUUUAUUCAGAUUUUAGUGAAGAAUAGAGAUAGUACUUGAAUAUUCGGGUUUGCUGCUUUAUGCUGUAAUUUUCAUGCCACCUUUAAAUUGCUGUAACCUAAAUUAGUUACAGGGUACACCGAUUAACAUAGGCACUAUCCUGUCUCUCUGGCUGCUCAAUAGCUAGAAUGGGAUUGUUUGAUACUGACAGUGAAUCCAAACAAAGUCAAAUCUCCAGAACUAUUUUGACCAGCAUCAACGCUCCAUCUGCACUUUCUUGAAGUUUAUAAAUUUAAUAAGUCAAAGCUUUUUCGGUUAACUAGUAAAUCAUCAGUUUUAAAAUCUUCACUUGUUUUUUAACUGGAGCACAUAAUCCAGCCUGACUCUUUGAUAAAAUAUUAAGGAAGAACCAUAUUGAAGGUGACAUUGUAGAGGUGAGCUGUUAACUCAUUUGUAAUCUCGGGUGCACAUUGAAAGGUGGCAUGACAAUAAUAAAAGUCAAUCAAGAUAGUUUUCUAUAUCCUGACCAAUAUUUCUUCAUUAACCAAAACUACUCAAAUGGACUGUUUGGUCAUUUUAUAAUGAUUGAGACUUUUAUGUGCACAAUUUUGAGCACCCUGCUUCCCCAGAACUGUAACUGCAUUUUAAGGAGACAAUCAUCAAUAGCAAUUCAUUUAGGAAUAUUCUAAAACAAUGCCACCUUUUCAUAGAAGGUGAAAUUCUUUUACUUUUUAUUAUUAAACAAUAAUUAUUCAUUGCCAUUGUACUUCUAAACAUUCUCACAGCACCAAUUUAAAAGACUGGUAAUGUUAGCCACACUUCAGAAUUCUUUUAAGCAAGAAAUGUUACUUGAAAAUAUGCAAUAUACGACACCAAGGCUACUGCAUUAAUGAUCAGAUUACGGUUGUUUUCUGCAAGUAACGUUCUAGUAGCUCAGUUGGACUGAGUUGUAACUAUUGUAACUUGUAAACAAGUAUUGUAAAUUGUAUUCAUGAAUCCAUAAUUAUCGUAAGAUAUGGGUUCAGCGUAAGCAUUAAGGAAAUGCUACCCCACUGUAUUUUAUAUUAAGUGUCAUUUAU